CGUUUUCAGUAGCAGACGGCACGUUGAACGCAUGCGUUCCAAGGGACGCUAAGAAAAGGGUCUGCUGGCGGAUCGCGUCGGAGACAUGGAGCAAGGCUACGGAGGCUAUGGGGCAUGGAGUGCUGGACCUGCCAACACCCAGGGUACAUACGGAAGCAGUGUGGCCAGCUGGCAAGGUUAUGACAACUACAGCUACUACAACGCCCAGAACACCAGUGUCCCUGCCGGAGCGCCUUACAGUUAUGGCCCAGCCUCAUGGGAGGCCACCAAGGCCAGUGAUGGUGGCCUGGCAGCUGGGAGCUCUGCCAUGCAUAUGGCCUCUUUUGCACCAGAGCCGUGCACUGACAAUUCUGACUCACUCAUUGCCAAGAUCAACCAGCGUUUGGACAUGUUGUCCAAGGAAGGAGGCAGGGGUGGGACCAGCAGCGGUGGGGAGGGCAUACAGGACCGAGACAGCUCUUUCCGCUUCCAGCCAUUUGAGCCCUAUGACUCCAGGCCCUGUUUGCCUGAGCAGAAUCCCUAUCGCCCCAGCUACAGCUAUGAUUAUGACUUUGACUUGGGCGCUGACCGCAAUGGUAGCUUUGGUGGGACAUUCAAUGACUGUCGGGACCCAACACCAGAACGGGGCUCCCUUGAUGGCUUCAUGAGGGGCCGGGGCCAGGGCCAGACCCGAUUUCAAGACCGGAGCAACUCCAGCACCUUCAUACGCAGUGAUCCCUUCAUGCCACCCUCGUCGUCCUCGGAGCCACUGCCUGCUGCAUGGAAUGAACUGAACUACAUGGGUGGGCGUGGUCUGGCUGGGCCCUCCACCAGCAGGCCACCUCCUUCCCUCUUCUCCCAGUCCAUGACCCCUGACUACAGCAUGAUGGGCAUGCAGGGGGUGGGCGGUUUUGGUAGCACCAUGCCUUAUGGAUGUGGCCGGUCCCACACUCGGAUACGAGAUUGGCCCAGAAGGAGAGGGUUUGAGCGCUUUGGACCGGACAGCAUGGGCAGGAAGCGGAAGCAGUUUCCAUUGUAUGAAGAGCCUGAUGCCAAACUGGCCCGAGCUGACAGCGAAGGAGAUUUAUCUGAAAACGAUGAUGGAGCUGGUGACCUACGGUCAGGAGAUGAAGAAUUCAGGGGGGAGGACGAAUUCUGUGACUCCAGGAAACAAAGAGGAGAAAAGGAGGAUGAAGACGAGGAUGUGAAGAAAAGACGGGAGAAGCAAAGGAGGAGAGAUAGGAUGCGGGACCGAGCAGCUGACAGGAUUCAGUUUGCCUGUUCUGUAUGCAAGUUUCGUAGCUUUGAGGAUGAAGAAAUCCAAAAGCAUCUGCAAAGCAAAUUUCACAAAGAGACAUUGCGGUUUAUAAGUACCAAAUUGCCCGACAAGACAGUGGAGUUCCUCCAGGAGUACAUCAUAAACAGGAAUAAGAAAAUUGAGAAGCGGCGCCAGGAAUUGUUGGAGAAGGAAAGCCCUAAACCCAAACCAGAUCCAUUCAAAGGGAUUGGCCAGGAGCAUUUCUUCAAGAAGAUUGAAGCCGCACACUGCAUGGCCUGUGACAUGCUGAUUCCUGCACAGCAUCAGCUCCUCCAGCGGCAUCUGCACUCUGUGGACCAUAACCAUAACCGGAGGUUGGCUGCUGAGCAGUUCAAGAAAACAAGUCUCCAUGUGGCUAAGAGUGUUUUGAACAACAAACAUAUAGUGAAGAUGCUGGAAAAAUACCUCAAGGGUGAGGAUCCUUUUGCCAAUGAAACAGUCGAUCUUGAGACAGAAGGAGAUGACAAUGUUGGAGGGAAGGAAGAGACUCCAGAGGAAGUAGCUGCAGAAGUCUUAGCAGAGGUGAUUACAGCAGCGGUGAGAGCUGUAGAGGGGGAAGGAGAGCCAGCUGCAGAGCGUAAUGAAGUUCUAGCUGAAGAGGAAGGCCCUGUGGACACAGCAGAGACCAGAAGUGACCCCCACACUGAAAAGUCGCUAGAAGAGCAGACCUGUGAAACAGCAUCUGAAAAUAGGAACACUGAAGACAAGGCUAGAAGCGAGGCCACUGAGGCCAGAAAUGAAGCAUUCAUAGCAGCAGCAGAGAGCACCAUACCUGUUACAGCUAUCCCAGGAAUCAUGGACGAUGAAAUGGGGCACACUGAUGCAGACUCUAAAGAUACCCCCACGGAAUGACCUCUCUCUCCCUGUUCAAAGGGAUGUAUUUUAUUCUCUCUUUGAUUUUUAAGCAGUACUAGGGUAUGUGUUACUUGGUGGAAAGACUCAGCCAUUUCCUUCCCAAUGUACCUCAAGGGCUGAUGCUGUACAGUGGAUGGCUUCCCACCUCUGUUAGAAUACGAAAAGAGGUAAACAUUUUCCCAAGUGGCCUUUGGCUGUCUGCACUGCAGUUAGACUAAUAAAGUAGAUCUUCCUGAUGCUUGGUAAAUACAGCAACUGACAGAA